GAUAUUGAUAAGCCUGUGACGAAGGAGCGGACAACAAACUCCCAUUGUAGGCUACCACACUUGUGUUGCGCCUCAUAUAGAGGCGCGCCGUGCGUUAUAAGGAGAGAAGAACCUCGUGUAGGCUACAACGCGUAGAAAGGAAAAUAAAAAGGGAUUUUAAUUAACUUGAAGAGUUUUGAUGUCUCGAGGGAUAACCUAGCAUUAGCCUAGAAUGUGUGGCCUAUAAAUAACAUUUUACUAAUCUAGUCUAGAAUAUUGUUUGUUUGGAAGCUUUGUCUUAUGUAUACAUGUAAUUUAAAUAGUUCAGAAGAUUUUUUUCUCAUUACAUUGAUUAUUUUUUAAGAUAAUGUAAGAGGUUUAUUUUAAAGCCAUAGGCUACAGCAUUGGAUGCUUUAAUUUCGCACCAGGACUUUUAAUGACUCGACUGAUGCCUUUUUAAUUUUUUUAAAUUGUGUGAUACCCAACUAUCUGAGACUAUCAUCCCGACUGCAGGAGAUUGUGUCUGGAACACACUACAAACAGUUCCUUGGGGAUUUAACACAUCAAUUCAAGAUGGAUCAAAUCAUCUUCAAAAAAGUCACCUUACUCCCCUAGUCCCCUGACAGUGGAAUUUCGAGCUGGGUUGACGUUCUAAGUGGGAAGCGUAUCAUUGAGUAGGCUACAAUUGGUAAUUCACUGGAUACUUUGCUGAGACGACAAGUGUGGGUGUCCGUCUGCUCGCAAGGCAAGGAGUUCCAAUUCCACAGAGCGAGCAGCUGUCCCCGCGCCUAGUGCUGAGGGAGAGACUCGUGCUGUUUCCAUAAAUGCUUGGUCUAUCGCGGAGAAUCCAGCCUGGGCAGCAAGAUGAGCUCGUGGGUUUGGGUUCAGCUGCUCGCGUUACUUGCGGCAUGUCUGCGGGUUGGCAGCGCAGAGGGGGAUCCUCUCCCUCCAGGUUUGGUGGAGCUGGUUAGAAGCAACCCUAUCUCUUCCAUAGAGGACCUUCAGCUGCUGCUGCUCAGUGACUCCGUAGAUGAGGAUGUCUCGGAUGAUUUAUUGCCCAGUGGACAACACUCCAACAACACUAGUAACCGACUGCCAAGGAGUCUGGACGCCCAGCCGGCUCAGCAGGCGCAAUGUAAGGUGAGGACAGAGGUGAUGGAGGUGACCCGUGCCAUGUUGGACCGCAGCAACGCCAACUUCCUGUUGUGGCCUCCCUGUGUGGAGGUACAGCGAUGCUCCGGCUGCUGCAACACCAAGAGCCUGCAGUGUGUUCCCGUGCUGACGCACACCAGGCACCUACAGGUGAUGAAGAUCCAGUACGUGGAGAAGCGGCCCAACUACUCCAAGGCGGUCGUCUCGGUCCACGACCACGUGGAGUGUCGCUGCCAGCCCGCUCCUCGCCCCCCGGCCAUCCCCAUGAAGAAGUCCACGCCCCGCAGACAGCAGAAAGAGAACAAAGGAGAGGUGCAUCCAGCCAAGGCCAGAUCCAAGGAGGAGCUGCACCGUAGAGACGAGCUGAAGCACAACCAGAGGAUCCAGCUGGAAGACCUGCUGGACCAGCACUGGAACCCCAAGGACACCUCCUCAGAACCAGGGGAAGGGAAAGGGGGCUAUGGGCUAGACCAUGACAAGAUGGAUCCUCAUUGGGUACUUAACGCUACCAGACAGCUGGAAGCCAAGGAGUGGACCGGACGUCGACAUGACAUGGAGGAGGGGAGAGACAGUAGUAGUGUCAACAGCACUACAACUGCAGUGGACGUCGACAUGGCACAGCUUGAUCACGAGAAGAGAGAUGGGGUCAAGACACGAGGGGACUCACUAUUUAACAUUACUGAGGGAAAUGUCAGCAGGGGAGAUAGGCAGCAGGGUAGUCUGAGCCUCAGUGAGGAGGAGGGAGACCAGGAGACACAGAGACAACCCACACAAACACAGAGUCCCUCGCUACGCACCAACACAUCAAAGCAACAGCGACAUGGGAACAACUCCUCCUCAGAGGAAACCAAAAGCAGAGAGGGAGCCAAUCAAAGAACGGAACAGCGAUUCCAUCCUACGGAGGAAACCAAUCAGAGGCCCAAGAGCAGAUUUCCUCCCCUUGAGGAAGCCGAUCAAAGAUGUAAAGACAAUGAGACCCCUGAUUCAGAGAGGAGGCUCCAGCACGAUCUCCAACUGGAACAGGAGAAGCUGGAGGAGGAGAGGAAGGAGCUGUUGUUACUCCACAGGAGGCUGGACGAUGAGAAGGAGCUCCUGAGACGGGAGCAACAGAAACAACAGCAAGAAGAAGAGGAGCAGCAGUACCAUCGUAAACAUCAUCAAACUCAAACCACCCCACAAAGAACAGACACAGUGUCGCCCACUUCGAGACGAGCGCCCUCAGUCCCAGCUAGUACCCGGCCACCUGCUCGGCCCGGCCCACCUAGGAAGAGAAUGAGGAAGAACAACCGCAAACGCAUCAGCAAGGCUGCGAUGAGAGCAAUGCUAAUGUAGAUUCUACAAUCUCUCUGCAGGGAGUGAUGCUCUCUGUCUUUGUCGUGAACAAUCCAGUGACGACACCGAGCAGUUAAUUCCUUUCUUAUGAGUUAAUAUUCAUGUGUCAGUAACCUGCUCGUCCUGUGACCGUGAGGUAUUCCCUAAUAGUACUAAUGAUUGUCUGGUGAACCCAAAACAACCCUUGGACGGAAAUAAUUAUGGGACAAGAAAAAUGGGAUGUAAAUACAUACAAGGUCGAGGUGAUCCAUCAACAUAUCUCCGAUCCAUCAAAAGAUGAUCUCCUUUUGACAACAAGAUGUUCCCCCAGUCGGAUCAAGAACACUGGAACGUUGGAACAGAACAUUCAAACAACAUUAGAAUGUUGGAACAGAUAAUUGGAACAACAUUAGAACUUUGGGAGAAUGUUGGAACAUUCACAAGGAUGCUGGACUGUCGUUGGACUCAGUGCUAUUGGACCUCCUCAUGACUUUUGAACAGCAUAGAGAACCACUCCAGUCAGUAGAGAUCAAGUCGGUUAAAGACACUUCGUAUGCUCUUCAGAGGCAUGGUUUACUAUAACUCCCAAGAAGUGGACUGAUCACGCUUGUCAAGAAGACCAAGGAGAGAGAGCAUUUUUAUGUCAGUUCAAAUCUCCCCUUUCCCUAUGAGCACAAGAUGUUGAAAAUACGUGUUUUGGGUAAAAAAUACAUAAGAAAAUACAUAUUUUAAAAAUGUUGCUCACUGGGUUCUGACAUGGAAGAAGACAUUUUCUUUUUCGGAAUAGAAAGAUACACUGGUAGAGGAUCGGGAAAAUACCAUGGCAAGCAGAUAUUACAGGGACAAUGGGAAAGAAAGAGUGACCAAUGAUGACAUUUAUAUGAGCUAGGACAGUUGGAAUGACUGGUAGUCUUGACUGAUGCGAGCAGUAUCCCUACAUUGUGUUUAAGCUGCUCUAUAUGUUCUAGUCUAUUCCCGCACUAAGGGAGGGCAAUAGAACUACACAGCAAAGAUAUUACGUCUCUAUAGUUACAUAAUGUAGAAUCUCGUUUUCUAUAAACAUAUUUAAUUUUAUUUAAUUUGACCUAAAACACUGGAAUUCCACCAACAACAAUGCACAGGUUUGCAUUCUCAUGUUCAGCUGAGGCUUCUGCACUUCUUUCGGAGAGUGUAAUUAAAACAAGAUGCAAGGUGCUAUACAGGGGUUGCAUUACACCUUUAUGUCUGUCUUUAACAUUAUUUAUUCCUUAUGUGUUCAUUUUCAAUAGGAUUACUGCAUAUGAAGCAUUUUGGGGGUUGAAUAUCGAUCACUCUUCCGGUCUCAAUAUAAUUUGAGCUGUCAGCCUUUGUGCACACAUACAAUAGCCUAGAUUCAAUCAGAUCAAGCGUUAUCCGGCGAUAGCAGACACCCGCAUAGCAGUUGUUUUGGCGGUGUCAGAGGAGGAACUGCAUUGGAGCUGUCAAAUUGGCUCGAAGUUCAGAACGAGAAAGUGUAGGCUAUACAGAAAUAAUUACACUCAAAUUAAAAACUAGUUAAACAAAAUAGAGGAUUUCUAUCAUCCUAAUGGAGGUGUAGAUUACAUCUCACAUUCCAGUGUUCGAACUUGUAAACAAGGCUGCAUAGGAUUUCUGUUAAUGAGACUCAGCCAAUGGCAAUGUCCGCUUUAGGUAUAAUGCCGGGAGCCACUUACGGAUUUGCAGAUGUUGGCUAAAGCGGACGCGGAUCUGAUUGAAUUGAGCCCAAUGUAACUACAAAGAAAAGCUUUGAAAAGGGAAAAGGUGUUGUCUGUUGCCUGCCAUUCACUGUCUGUAUGAUAGACAGGUGAUGGUAAUGACUUUGUAUUGUUGUAUAACUUUGUGUGUCAGUGUAGGUGUGCGUUUGUAUGUGCGUGUCUGUACUCGCGCGUGUGUACAAUAUGCGCGUGUGUGCCCGUGUGAGUGUUAGAGUAUAUGUAAGUAUGUGAACAGAAUCAUAUGUAUGUGUUUGAUCACUAACACUCAUGAAUCCAUAAGUCAGAUAGUCCCUUAUUCACAAUGCUCAUUGCUAACCAGGCCUUCUCUGCAUAGGGAACAGUAGAGCAUCAGACCUUCUGUAUCCUGAGGCUGUGUGUUGCUUUAUUUAAUACAGACAGACAGACAGACACAGCAAGGGUACUGGAAUGAGGUGCCAUUGUCAUUUUUAACACAGAGAAUUAUGCACUACUGAAUACAGAAAUUGGGGCUUCUCUCUCUCUCUUUCUGUCAGUUUGUGACAGCACACACAAACACACCCCAGACUGAGACUGCAGUAUUGUGACCCAGCUAAAGCAAGGAUUGUGGAGAAAUCAUACAGUGUGACUGUGGGCCAGUAAUCCUAGUUGUAACACGCCCUGCUGUAUUCAAGCCUUUGCUACAAAAUAUUGACAUUUAAUCUUGAUUUACAGUAAGUUGUCCUAAAAAAAGGGUUCAAGCUUUGUUUAGUAGUAUCCUAUGGAUUUUACAAGGCCGUUUAGCAAAACUAUUAGGUGAAUAAUCUAACACUACAAUUUGAAGAGAAGAAGUGCCCUGAUAAAAGUGUCAGAUAUUAAAAGCAGCAUGGGUCAGAUGUGUCAAGCAAAGAAGCUCAGUGCUUGUGUGUGGGCCACUGCUGGUCACCUUUCAGGUAUAGUGUGCACACUUCAAAUAGCCUAACUACCAGCCAAAUUUAUUUUAAAUAUUGAAAAUGUGGUAUAUGUCAUAAUGCCUUCUUGCUACUGUAAUUAGUUAUUGUCUGUUUUGUUAUGAGUUAUCAAGAAAUGAAUGUUGUGAUAAUUGCCACUUAAUUAUAUUUUGAUAUGAUUAUAAAAAACAUAUGUGCGAAAGUGUACUUGUGCUGUGAGCUGUUGUCCUGCUUUUUGUGUUGUGAAGUAAGAGAAUCUAGCCACUGGGCACAGACGUCAGUUCGUCUAGUUUUGAUUUACAUUUGGUUGAGUUGUCA